GUUGUGCCGGUGCCCUCCGGUGCCUCCCAGCUGCCAGGUGCAGAGUGUGGCUGGGCUUGAGUGACGAGUCCCUUGCUGGCACUGUGACAUGUCCCCCUCACUCUUCUGCUGUCGGGGCAAAAGGGCAGCACCCCUUACCUGCUGGGUAAUGGUUAACCAGGCGUACACCCCUUCUUUAAGAGGCCUAACCAGGGGCACCCAGCUAGCCAGGUGUCCGGGAUGCACUGGGCGAAGGUGGUAGGCUUGGCCGUGGGUGUCUGUGCCAUCUUGGCACUGGGGAUCAUCCUGGGCCACUUUGCCAUCCCCAAAGCCACGGACCCACCAGCACCCCAGGACCUGGACCAGGAGAUCCUGAACACCGUCCUUGGACAGCUAGAUGCCAGCAAGAUCCGGGAGAACCUUCGAGAGCUCUCCGAGGAGCCGCACCUGGCCUCCAGCCCCAGGGACGAGGCCCUCGUGGAGUUCAUUCUGCAGCGCUGGAAGGACCCGACGUCCGGCCUGGACUCGGCCGUGACCUCCGCGUACGAGGUGCUGCUGUCCUUCCCCAGCCGGGAGCAGCCCAACCUCGUGGAACUGGUGGACGCCAAUGGGAUCGUCCUCCAUGCCUUCCAACCCGGUGAGGAGAACCUGACCGGGGAGCAGGCGGGACCUGAUGUGGUGCAACCCUAUGCGGCCUAUGCCCCUCCGGGAACCCCACAGGGCCCCCUGGUCUACGCCAACCAAGGCACAGAAGAUGACUUCAAGUGGCUGCAGGCGCAAGGCAUCACACUUGAAGGCACCAUUGCCCUGACUCGCUAUGGGGGCGCCGGGCGUGGGGCCAAGGCGGUGAAUGCGGCCAAGCACGGCGUGGUGGGGGUGCUGGUGUAUACGGACCCUGCCGACAUCAACGAUGGGAAGAACUUGCCCAACGAGACCUUCCCCCACUCCUGGGGCCUGCCUCCCUCGGGCGUGGAGCGAGGCUCCUACUAUAAGUAUUUUGGGGACCCUCUGACUCCUUACCUACCAGCCCAUCCUGCUUCCUUCCGUCUGGACCCUAACAACGCCCCUGGAUUUCCUCCAAUUCCUGCCCAGCCCAUUGGCUUCCAAGAAGCGAAAGAGCUGCUCUGUCACCUCAGUGGACCCUCAGCUCCAGACUCCUGGAAAGGGGCGCUGGGCUGUGACUACAACCUGGGCCCUGGCUUCUCCACGAGCAGCUUCCCCACAGGCAGCAUGGUGAAAAUGAGCGUCCACAAUCAGCUGGUGCUGAGGAAUUCCUCCAACGUCCUGGGCAUCAUCCGCGGGGCCGUGGAGCCUGAUCGCUAUGUGGUCUACGGAAACCAUCGGGACAGCUGGGUCCACGGCGCUGUGGAUCCCAGCAGCGGCACCGCUGUCCUCCUGGAGAUCACGCGCGUCCUGGGGACCCUGCUGAAGAAGGGUACCUGGCGGCCCCGCAGGUCCAUCAUAUUUGCCAGCUGGGGGGCCGAGGAGUUUGGGCUCAUUGGCUCCACAGAAUUCACUGAGGAGUUCUUCAGCAAGCUGCAGGAGCGCGCAGUGGCCUACAUCAACGUGGACAUCUCAGUGUUUGCCAACGCCACCCUCCGGGCCCAGGGGACACCCCCGGUACAAAGCGUCAUCUUCUCUGCAGUCAAAGAGAUCAGUGCGCCGGGUCCCAGCGGGCUCAGUAUCUACGACAACUGGAUCCGGUACUCCAACCGCAGCAGCCCCGUGUACGGCCUGAUCCCCAGCAUGGGCACCCUGGGCGCCGGCAGUGACUACGCACCCUUCAUUCACUUCCUCGGCAUCUCCUCCAUGGACCUCGCCUACACCUAUGACCGGAGCAAGACCUCCGCCCGCAUCUACCCCACCUACCACACGGCCUUCGACACCUUUGAGUACGUGGAGAAGUUUGUGGAUCCUGGCUUCAGCAGCCACCAGGCGGUGGCCCGGACGGCAGGGAGCGUGCUUCUCCGGCUCAGCGACAGCUUCUUCCUGCCGCUCAACGUCAGCGACUACAACGAGACUCUCCGCAGCUUCCUGAAGGCGGCGCAAGACCACCUGGGGCCCCUGCUGGAGCAGCAGGGCAUCGGUCUGGGGCCUCUGGCGACCGCGGUGGAGAGGUUCGAGGCGGCAGCUGCAGCCCUGAGCCAACACAUAGCGACGCUCGCGAGCAGCAGCCCAGACCCCCUGCAGGUCCGGGCAGUCAACGACCAGCUGAUGCUCUUGGAGAGGGCCUUCCUGAACCCCCGGGCGUUCCCAGAGGAGCAGUACUACAGCCACGUGCUCUGGGCCCCCCGCACCGGCCCCGCCGCCACAUUCCCAGGCCUGGCGAACGCCUGCGCCAACGCCCAGGGCACGAGCCCCGGGUCCGCGGCUUGGGCUGAGGUGCGGCGGCAGCUCAGUGUGGUGGUGGCGGCUCUGGAGGGGGCAGCGGCCACCCUGAGGCCCGUGGCUCACCUCUGAGACACCGGCUGGGUCUCCCGCGCCUCCUUCACCUGCCUGCGCUCACCUGGUUUCCUCGAGUACAGCUGUUCCUGGGGCGGAGGCCG